GUGGCUGCUUGUUCGUCAUCGGCACUCUUCAACUCCCUGUCUUCUUUCCAUCCUCAUUUCAUCUCUGAUCACUACUCUCCAUCUCGAAUUCCUGCCCUGUGAUUUCGUUUUCAAGAUGUCCCGCUCACCAGAAAUGCACCAUGACCAGGCCUCGACCAACUACAAGGAAGCCUUCUCUCUCUUCGAUAAGCGCGGUACCGGCAAGGUCGCGCUCGAGUCGCUGGGCGACCUCCUGCGCGCAUGCGGUCAGAAUCCCACUUUGGCGGAGAUCGCAGAUCUGGAGAAGUCCGUCGGUGGAGACUUUGACUUCGAGUCGUUCUUGAAGGUCCUCAACCGCCCUGGAGGCUUCCGUGACCCCGGCGAGCCCGAAGAAUACUGCCGCGGAUUCCAGGUGUUCGACAAGGACUUGACUGGGUUUAUCGGUGUGGGACAGCUUCGUUACAUCCUGACGAAUCUCGGAGAGAAGAUGUCGGAUGAGGAGGUCGACGAGCUGCUCAAGGCCGUCGACACCAGCUCCGGCGAGAUCAACUACACCGACCUCGUCCGCACCAUCCUGGCCAACUAAACGACACACGACACCGAUACCCUCCUGACGUUCCUGAUGAUUUCUGUUACGACGCGAACCUCCUACCAGCCGUGCCGGAGUUGAAGGCUUGAGCAUAGUUUAGUUAUAGUGCAUUGUAUAUGGGAUAUUGCGCGAUUCAGCAUCGGAUAAACAUGAAUAAAU